AUGGAGGGACCAAGGGCGCUGUGGGGUACCUCGGGGGAGCAGGUCCAGGCAAGCCCCCAGGACGUGGUGGUCCUCGGUCUUCCCAGAACCUGGGCCACCGAGGCCUGCUUGCGUGCCUGCCCCACCGCCUGCACCUGCAGCAGCGUGGAGCGUGGCUGCUCAGUGCGCUGCGACCGUGCAGGCCUCCAGCGGGUGCCCACCGAGUUUCCCUGCAAGGCAGCCUCCAUUGACCUGGACCGGAACGGCCUACGCAUCCUAGGCGAGCGGGCCUUUGGUACAUUGCCAUCAUUACGUCGCCUGUCGCUGCGUCACAAUAACCUGUCCUUCAUCACACCCGGCGCCUUUAAGGGCUUGCCCCGUUUGGCAGAGCUGCGCCUGGCACACAAUGGUGAACUACGCUACCUGCACGCACGCACUUUCGCAGCCCUGGGCCGCUUGCGCCGCCUGGACCUGGCUUCCUGUCGCUUGUUCAGCGUGCCAGAACGCCUCUUGGCUGAGCUGCCGGCCCUGCGCGAGUUCGCUGCCUUCGACAACCUGUUCCGUCACGUGCCCGCUGCGCUGCGUGGCUUGGAGAACCUGACGCAUGUGCACUUGGAGCGCAGUCGCAUCGAGGCGGUGGCCUCUAACUCGUUGCAGGGCCUACGGCGCCUGCGUGCUCUCAGCUUGCAGGCUAACCGUGUCCGUGCCGUGCAUGCUGGUGCUUUCUAUGACUGCGGCGCCCUGGAGCACCUGCUUCUCAACGACAACCUGCUGGCGGCGCUUCCGGCUGACGCUUUCCGUGGCCUGCACCUCCUGCGCACACUCAACCUGGGCGGCAACGCGCUUGGCCAAGUGGCAAGAGCUUGGUUUGCCGACUUGGGCGAGCUCGAGCUGCUCUACCUGGACCGCAACAGUAUCACCUUCGUGGAGGAGGGCGCCUUCCAGAACCUUUCAGGCCUCCUGGCUCUGCACCUCAACGGCAACCAUCUCACUGUACUCUCCUGGGCUGCUUUCCAGCCAGGUUUCUUCCUGGGCCACCUUUUCCUCUUUCGUAAUCCUUGGCACUGCGACUGCCACCUCGAAUGGCUGCGGGACUGGAUCGAGGGCUCUGGUCGUCUCACUGAUGUGCCAUGCUCCUCUCCGGGCUCCGUGGCUGGUCUGGACCUCAGUCAGGUGGUCUUUGAGCGCUCCUCCAGUGGUCUGUGUGUGGACCCCGAGGAGCUGAACCUUACUGUGUCUAGUCCAGGUCUGAGCCCAGAGCCGGUGGCCACCACCAUGAGCAGAUUCAGCAGCCUCCUCUCCAAGCUGCUGGCUCCCAGGGUCCCAGUGGAGGAGGAGGCUAACUCCACCCUGGUGCUGUCCAACACCUCACUGUCUGACAACAUUCCCUCCUGUGGAAUGUGGGUUUUGGGCCACAAGGGCACAAUUCUCUUCAUCUCUUGUUUCCUGCUGAGCAUGGCUUAGUAUAUGGC